UUUACAGUCUACAGCUGUUGAGCAGCGGACCGGUUCACAGUCUCUAGUGUUGACCUUUUACCAGGGAGUCCGUGACACAGCAACUUGGUUUUCAGUAUCUCAAUAUCUUGGUUCAUACCUCUUGUCAUCGCUGAAGGAAGGCGUCAUGGCUAACAAACGUCCACCCGCCCGAUCCGACCUGGACAAGGGUCUGAAUGGCCUUCACCUUAACGACGUGGCCCUAGACACACGGGCGCUCCGUGCACGGUUCACCUACGAAGGCACUGCCACAGAGCCCCUCGUCCCGCCCAUCUACCAUUCCUCAACAUACAAGUUGAAGUCAGUUGAUGACUUCUUGAAAGUCAUGCAAGAGGGUGGGUCAGUUUACUCCCGUCUGGCCAACACCACCACAGAAUCUACCGAGUGUGCCAUCAACGCUUUGGAGGGUGGGGCGGGCAGUCUGGUGUUUGCCAGCGGCAUGGCGGCUGUCUCCACGGUGUUCCUCGCUCUCCUCGACAAGGGUGACCACGUUGUGAUGAACGUCCCCGUGUACAGCGGCUCCCAAACGCUCCUCAAGGAACUUGUCAGGAAGUUUGGUCUUGAGGUCACAUGGGUUCCUGCAGGAUGCUCGAUCGAGGAAUUUCGCCGAAGUGUCAAAGCAAACACCAAGAUGAUCUAUGGCGAGAGCCCCUGCAAUCCAGACAUGUCCGUCCUUGAUUUUGAAGAGUUUGGCAAACUUGGCAGCUCCCUAGAUGGCGUUAUUUCUGUUGUGGAUGCCACGUUCGGCUCCUGCUAUCUGCAACAACCGAUAAAACAUGGCAUAGACAUUAGUCUCCACAGCUGCACUAAGUACAUGGGUGGGCACUCCGAUCUGAUUGCUGGUUGUGUCACUACAAAGACAGUGGACCUGUGGAAGAGAAUCAAGAAGUGGCAGACGAGCCUCGGCUGUAUGUUGUCCCCUCAUGACUCCAGUCUGCUGCUGAGGGGCUUGAAGACGCUGCCGAUCCGCAUGAAGAAGCACAGCGAGAACGCCAUGGCUGUGGCGGAGUAUCUGGAGGGCCACCCGAAGGUAAACCGAGUUAUGUACCCGGGCCUGCCGUCACACCCUGGACAUGAGGUCGCUAAGAAGCAGAUGACGGCAUUCGGCGGGAUGAUCAUGGCUGACGUCAAGGGAGGGGUUGAAGGUGGUCGCACUGUGGCGGAAAGCCUGAGGAUAGUCACCCUGGCGGUGUCCCUCGGUGGGGUGGAGAGUAUCCUGGAGCACCCCAUCACCAUGAGUCACGGCCCCUACCUGCUGACCCCAGCGGAGAUCGCGGAGAACAGGGUAACCCCUGGCCAGCUGAGAAUCAGUAUUGGUAUCGAGGACCCAGAGGACCUCAUCGCCGACUUCAAGCAAGCCUUGGACAAGGUUGAUGUUUCAAAGGGUGAAAACUAGUCAAGUUCUUCAUCAAGAUCAAGAUUUUCUUCAGCAUGACAAGCCUCCAGCCUAAAGUUCAUGUGAAAAUAAUAUUAAUGUAUAGCCACUAAUACAAAAUAUAAUAUAAGCGUUCCUAUUUCAGACAUUUUACAAAUACAAAUAUCCAUAAACAAAGAAUGUGCAUGCAUACAAUGAUUCAAAAACAUAUCAAAUAUUACGUUACAAAGUAUUUACACGCCAUGUAGCUUCACCCAUAUAUGUUACAAGGAUACAUCUUAUUUACAUCACAACUUCACAACUCCCUCACUUUCCAGGUAGGCAAUGACAAUAAACCUGCUUUUGUGAAAGGGGUAAUUAUGAAAAUCAUGAAAGCAUCCAUGGAAACAACUUUGUCCUAGUGUCUCUCAUCUUCUGAACUACUGAUAUGAAGUUUGUCAAAACAAAAUUUAUAUAACUCUCUAAAUUCUCAAUUUUCAUCCAUCUUCCAGUUUCAAUAGACAGUCUGUGAUUCGUGAAGCGAGUGCGAGCUACUCUCAAAUGUCAGUCUGUGAUGUAUGUUAAAUACCACUCAGGCUGUGACUGAGACUAAGUGGGCUGUAAUGUCUGUGUCUUCCAAAAGUGUGAAGAUUACUAAAGAAAUCUUGAAUAAAUUUCUGUGUGUGACUGUCGAAGCAAAUACCUUGUCCAUUGUCCAAGUCAAUGCUUAAUUUAACAAAUGUACAUGUAUAACAUCGAAUCUUGCAACGUAUUGAAUAAACAUUUUCUAACACAAA